GGGCAGGACCGACCCAGCGCCCGGAGCUCCCUGCCUUUGUCCCUCUGGGUAAAAACUUGGACGCUGCGCCUCCCCUGGGUCCUCUCUAUGUAGGUAGGGGACAGCCCCCGUCUGCCCCCAGCGGCGCCCAGCUCGGCUCUCCGUGGCUCUCCCUAGCUCCCAGCUGGGGACUCCUUUCUGUCCUGCCGGAGGAGAGCCGAGGACCCGCUUUGGAUUCCCUCUGUCGCCAAGGAAGUCAGUGUGGGGGAUACAUUCCCUGUGAAAGUCGGGGUAUGAGCCACUCCUUCACCUGGCGUAACAUUCUCUGCCAUAUUUCCUUCAUGGAGAGAGUCUCAUAGUACGAUCAUGAAGUUUCUGUUUCAAGAAGUUUCUUCGGGAAUAAAAAUGAAUUUUAUAUGGCAGAAUCAAGAUAAUUGGUUUGAUAUAUAAAAAAGGCGGUACAUAUUUUUAAUAAAUAACCAUGACAACUUUCCAUAUGAAUGGGCAUGUUACAGAUGAAUCAGACAUUGAAGUAAAAAAUGUUGAUCUGACAUCUCCAGAAGAGCCUCAAAGACAUCGAGAGAUGGCGGUUGAUUGUCCUGGGGAUUUGGGAACAAGAAUGAUGCCAGUACGUCGAAGUACACAACUGGAACGAAUUCGCCAACAGCAAGAGGACAUGAGGCGUAGGAGAGAAGAAGAAGGAAAAAAACAAGAACUGGACCUUAAUUCUUCCAUGAGACUUAAGAAACUAGCACAAAUUCCUCCCAAAAUUGGAAUAGAUAAUCCUAUAUUUGAUACUGAGGAAGGAGUUGUCUUGGAGAGUCCUCAUUAUGCUGUGAAGAUACUAGAAGUGGAAGACCUGUUCUCUUCACUCAAGCAUAUUCAACAUACUUUGGUAGAUUCCCAGAGCCAGGAUGACAUUGCUCUGCUUUUACAACUUGUACAAAACACUGAUUUCCAGAAUGCAUUUAAGAUACACAAUGCUGUCACAGUGCAUAUGAAUAAAGCCAGCCCUCCAUUUCCUCUUAUCUCCAAUGCACAAGACCUUGCACAGGAGGUACAAGCAGUUUUGAAACCAAGCCAUCAGAAGGAAGGACAGGAGUUAAACGCUUUGCUAAAUGCUCCUCAUAUUCAGGCACUCUUAUUGGCCCAUGAUAAGGUUGCUGAGCAGGAAAUGCAGCCAGAGUCCAUCACAGAUGAGAGAGUUUAUGAGAGCAUUGGCCAGUAUGGAGGAGAGACUGUAAAAAUAGUUCGUAUUGAAAAAGCUCGAGAUAUUCCAUUGGGUGCUACAGUUCGUAAUGAAAUGGAUUCUGUCAUCAUUAGUCGGAUAGUAAAAGGAGGAGCUGCAGAAAAAAGUGGACUGUUACAUGAAGGAGAUGAAGUUCUGGAGAUUAAUGGCAUUGAAAUUAGGGGAAAGGAUGUCAAUGAGGUUUUUGACUUGCUGUCUGAUAUGCAUGGCACACUCACAUUUGUGCUGAUUCCUAGCCAGCAGAACAAGCCCCCUCCUGCCAAAGAAACAGUAAUCCAUGUUAAAGCUCAUUUUGACUAUGAUCCUUCUGAUGACCCUUAUGUUCCUUGCCGAGAAUUAGGCCUGUCUUUUCAAAAAGGGGAUAUACUUCAUAUCAUCAGUCAAGAAGAUCCUAACUGGUGGCAGGCCUACCGGGAAGGAGACGAAGAUAAUCAGCCUCUGGCAGGACUCGUUCCAGGGAAAAGCUUUCAGCAACAAAGAGAGGCCAUGAAACAAACCAUAGAAGAAGAUAAGGAACCAGAAAAAUCAGGAAAACUGUGGUGUGCUAAGAAGAACAAGAAGAAAAGAAAAAAAGUUUUGUAUAAUGCUAAUAAAAAUGAUGAUUAUGACAAUGAGGAGAUACUAACUUAUGAGGAAAUGUCACUCUAUCACCAGCCGGCAAAUAGGAAAAGGCCUAUCAUCUUAAUUGGCCCACAGAACUGUGGCCAGAAUGAACUUCGUCAGAGGCUUAUGAAUAAUGAAGCAGAUAGGUUUGCAGCUGCAGUUCCCCAUACAACUCGGAGUAGACGAGACAAUGAAGUAGCUGGCAGAGAUUACCACUUCAUUUCACGACAAGCUUUUGAGGCAGAUGUAGCUACUGGAAAGUUUAUCGAACAUGGUGAAUUUGAGAAAAAUUUGUAUGGUACCAGCAUAGAUUCUGUGAGACAAGUAAUCAACUCAGGCAAGAUAUGCAUUUUAAAUCUUCGUACACAGUCACUGAAGAGCCUCCGGAAUUCAGACUUGAAGCCAUAUAUUAUCUUCAUUGCACCCCCUUCACAAGAAAGGCUUCGUGCAUUAUUGGCCAAAGAGGGCAAAAAUCCAAAGCCAGAAGAAUUGAGAGACAUCAUUGAGAAGACUAGAGAGAUGGAACAGAACAAUGGCCACUACUUUGACACUGCAAUUGUGAAUUCAGAUCUUGAUAAGGCAUAUCAGGAGUUGCUUCGAUUAAUUAACAAACUUGAUACUGAACCUCAGUGGGUACCAUCCACCUGGCUAAGGUGAAAAAAAAAUCAUUCCAUAGCAUGAUUGUACUUUUCUUUGGCAAACUGCCAACAAGGAAAAUUGCCUCCAUACUUUAAUGAGACUUGAGUAUUAGGUGGCCAAUUGUAUCUUUAUACCUCUUUUUUAUAUCUCUUAUGUUAAUAUGAUUGGAAGAAGGCUGUUCACUGUGAAGAGAGUUCUUCACCUACAUUGUGCUAGGGAUUCCUUACUCAUUUUUAGAUUAUAAAUCUAAGCUUCAAACACAGCAGUCCCAUUUUAAUCGUAAAAAUCUUUCAGUCCUGUUUUUCUUAAUAACUAAAUCUGUUUUCUAUGCAGUCACAUUUCCAUAAAAUGUAAGCAUGCAUACAUGUGCGUGUGUGUGUGUGUGUGUGUGUGUGUGUGUGUGUGUGUGUGUGUGUAUAUAUAUAUAUAUAUAUAUAUAUAUAAAUCCAUGUCACAUAGUUAUAAAUGUUGAUAUUAUUUAACACUUAAAAGAAUUUACCUUGUGGAAUCUUUGGUCAUUUCAGACUAUGCCUCUCAACUAUAGGGCAGGACAUCAUUUUCCUAGAAAAUUGGUUUUAGUCAUCAGAAGUGCUUUCUUUUUAAAAAAAAAAACCCAAAAUACACUGAUCUAAUUUUAUUUUUUAUUAAGAAGAUAUGCUACUUUGGUUCAACCCUGUUAGGCUUGAAUUCAGUCUUGAGCGUAUUAUAUUUUAUCAUAAACUAGAUUCCAUUUUGACAGCACUGUAAUUUGGAUAAUGUUUAUAAUGUAAAUAUUUCAGACUUUCAUUUUUUUCAGAACAAACUUUGUACAUUAAACUUAACUUCACAUUCAGCAACCUUGGGUCCAAUGAAAGACACCAUGUGGUUGGUCUUUUAAGUGUGAAUAUUUUAUGCACCUCUGUUUUCCCUUUAAAUUAUAUACCAACUGAUUUGAGAACUUCUUCCUUCCUCUGAUCUGUAGUACAACAGAAGAAAUAAGUUACAUUAUGGAAGAUGUUCAUAUGAAAUGUGAUUUUUAAUAAAAUGUGUUUCUUCCUCAUAAUGCAAGUAACUAUUUUUUUUUAAAAAUGAGGAUACUGAGUACUAGAUGAUGUUUUAUAUUUUAAUAUAUGAGCAUAGCAUUUCUUUUGAUUGUUAUGGGUAAUAAACUGGAACUAUGAUUGCUGAAUAUAGCUGCUAUACUGUAAACUGGUAUUUAAUAGAUCAAGCAAUGAUUUUCAUCCACUUACUCAAUAUUAGAGUAAAAUUAGGUAAACCCUGAUGAAAUACUGUAAAAGUUGACUUUGAGAUCAGAAGGAAAGGAAGGCCUGAAAGUCAUUUGAUAGCACUUUAGGAAAAUGGCAUUGGAAAAAUUAUUAAAUGUACAGAAAUAUGAAUUUUGUCCUAGCAGGUCUGCCUCUUGAGAUCAGAAUGCCGCUGCAAGCCGCAUCUGGAGUGUAUGUGACAUAGUCUUAAGGCUUGCUCUGCAGCUGUCCAUCUUUACAACACUACCAUUGGCAUGGAAAGAUGGUCUUUAAUCUCUUUAUCCUUUAGGAGGCAAUAUGUGAUUCAAGUGAAGGGGUGAAGAAGAGAGAAGACAAAACAUAAAAUGUGAAUGUUAAUUUUCCUUAGUAACUUUCUCUGCAAUAUUUCCUCUUUCUCAAAACUGAACACUGGAAUGAAGUUGACUUGUAGUUUAAUUUAACAUAAGCUGUUAAGAUUUUAAUGGUUUGUCACAUUGUCUUGUGUAUACUCUCAGUUUUUCUCUUUGCUAUACAUUACCUGUAAUAGAGAACUCUAGGUAGUCUGCAUUGCUUUAUUUUAUUUUAUUUUUUUUUGGUUCAAAUUUGAAGAGCCCCAAAGUUGACUGGAAAGGUAUAGUGCAUGGAAAUAAUUUUUUAAAAUAUUUUUCCUUAGUGUGAAAUUAAUAUUUCUCUUAUUAAGGGAUGGGAUAAGUCCUUUUCUCAUCAGGUCUGAGACACUCCAGCUAACAUGUUGCCUAAGGAGUUGAAAUGAAAAAAAAUACUCGUUGAAUUUGAAGGCACAAAUCAAGGAUUUUUUACUUUGCACUUAGCUUUCCAAAUCUCUACAAUUUUACUUUGUUCCCAGGAAUAAAAGGUAGAGAUUAUAUGGUCUGCUUUACUAUGACAACUGUUUGUUAAGCCAGCAUUAACAUUUUGAUGGUUCUUUCUCUGAGGAUUAAAAGGAUAGCUGAAUUCAUACCAUACAUUUUAAGUUAGACUUCGGUGCUGUGCAGCUUUAUCAUGUGUAGAGAGGAAACCUUAUAGUUUGUAAUAACCCUAUGUAUGUGUGUUGCAGCUGCAUUGGAGCUGAAUGAAUAGAAUCUUUGCAUAAAGGGGCACCCCUGCCCUCUACCGUUCCCAUGCAACACCAGCUUAGGAAUACUUUUUUGUCUCAGUUCAGUCGUCAUGUUUCCAUCUCUCCCAUUCUUCCCCUCAACACAUGGUUGGUGAGCAUAGUGGAUGUAUUCACCCCCAGAAGCUUUCUCCAUCCAUUUCUUAAUUUGUUUUCAGUACAUAAAGGGUGUGAAAAUUGUUGCUAAAACAUUUGUUGUUGAUUUUCUCACUCUUCUUAGGUAAGUGAUGAGAAGAAUUCAUACUGCAAAUCAGAACGUGCACACUUGAUUACGUGGUUGUCUGUCGAAACUUCAUUUCCAGUCUUCUGUGUGCUGUGGUUCUGAUUUGAAUUCCCUUAUAUGGGAAUUGAGAAGCCUCUAUUUUUUAAGAGAAAAAUGUACCUUGGAUCCCAGUUAUAUACAUUACUGUAAGAAAUGUUUCCUAUACGAAUUUUUUUAAUAGGUCAUAACUUUAAUCUCAAGCUGAAACAGGAGGGAACUUUUUGAUAUUUUGAUCAAUCCAGGUUUGCUUUCCAUGAAAAUUUAAUAUCUGGAUUUCCCCCCUCCAUCACUAAUAGAUAGCAUUAACAAAUAUUAAUAUGAAUGUAACUGUAUUUUCAAAAUAUAAACCCUAGGGACUUAGCCUUAACAAAGAUAAUUUUCCUGAGACCUGUGGUUAACCCCACUUUAUACUUUUCUAUCCUGUACCUGCACUGUGUAUUUUAUGAAAUGUCAUAAACUGCACAACAUCAUAAUGUAAAAAAAGUAAAAUUAUAUUUCUAGAUUUCAAAUAAAAUCACUGUAAUAAUCAUA